CAGCAGCAGCAGCAUACAGCAGCAGAUUUUUCUCACCGGAAGAAUGGAAUCUGUAACCAAGCAUGCAAUUGUGAUUAAAAUCAUGGGUCGUACUGGAUCUAGGGGGCAGGUGACUCAGGUUAGAGUCAAGUUUCUUGACGACCAGAACAGGUUUAUCAUGAGAAAUGUCAAGGGACCAGUCAGAGAGGGUGAUAUUCUCACAUUGUUGGAGUCUGAGAGGGAGGCCAGGAGAUUGCGCUGAGCCCAUAAUUUUGAUUGCCAUAUCGAAAUUUCCUUGAGUACUUGAUUAUUCACUGGGCUUUAUUCCCUAGUUAAUAGUCUUUGGUUUUGUUUGCUUAGACUCUUAAGUUUGGAUAUGUUGAUUUUGGUGCACUUUAUGUUUCUGGAAUUGUUUUUAUGUUAAAAUUUUGCUAGCAUUGCGUCAAGGGCAACGAGUAAUGGUUCUUAUU